AAUAGAGAAGAAAGUAGGAACGAGGGAAAUGAGUCUACUGGAAUAUAUAAAAAUGCAAUACGACUCUAGUAUGGAAGAAGGAGUAGUAAAAAACUAAAUGAGGUGCAAAAUGUAGGACCCGGAUCCACAUAAAGAUCCGCAGCGGUUCAAUUCCAACCGUUUUGUGUGUUCCCAACCACCAUUUCAUUAGAGACUAUUAUCUCCCUAUUCAAAUCCAAAUAAAAUAAAAUGGAAAUUGAAGUGAAGCUCCGGCUCCCGUCCUCCGCCGCCCACGAGCGCCUCUCCGCCGUUCUCUCUGCCUACCACCGCCGCACUCACCUCCAAGAGAACCUCUUCUUCGACGGCCCCAACGCGGAGCUCGCGUCCAGCUUCGCCGCCCUCCGCAUCCGCUUCUACGACCUCGACUCCCGCUGCGUUCUCUCUCUAAAAUCGAAGCCCCAGAUCUCAGGCGGAAUCAGCCGCAUCGAGGAGCAGGAGGAGCCUCUCGACCCCACCGUCGGCCGCCACUGCGCCGCCGAUCCAUCGCGGCUCCUCCUCAUCGAGCCGUCCGACGUAAUCAGGAGGGUGAGGGAGGAGUUCGGUUUGGGCGGGAAGGGUUUGGUCUGUCUGGGGGGUUUUAGGAACGUGAGAGGGGUUUACGAGUGGAAUGGGCUCAAAUUGGAGCUCGAUGAGACGCUCUACACCUUCGGCACGAGCUAUGAGGUCGAAUGCGAGAGCUCCGACCCCGAUGAGGCGAAGAAUUUGAUCGAAGGGCUCCUGCAGAGCAAUGGAAUUGAGUAUCAGUAUUCGGAGAAAUCAAAAUUCGCCGUUUUUCGAUCAGGGAAGCUACCUGGAUAACUUGAGGAUUUGCAGAAAGAUUCGAUUGCCAUUCAGCUGAAAGCGAACAUUAUCUUCAUUUGCAGAUAAUUGAAUCACUUGCUUUGAUGGAUUGAUUAAUUUCAAACUUAUUUGCUCAUAUAAGCCUAUGUUUUAUCUAUCCAUCAUAUCACACAAAGUAAACACAUUGAUAUAAAAUUGGUAGAUUCUUGUGAAGUAGGAUAUUAGAUAUAUAUAAUCAUUUCUCCAUGAGAGAGAGUCCAAUAAUUUGUUCUACUACUAAAUUCCUGUGAUUGAUACUAAAGGGGGAUGAAGGCGCUCAAAUCUUUGCGAGUUUUCUCUGUUUGCCA